UUUUUUACAGGCACGAUGCCCUCAACGCAGCAUCACCAUCGGGCGACUCUCAAGCAACAAAACAAGUCGUUCAAAUCGCGCCACUCCACAAAAGGCGCCUUGAAGGAGGCCGCAAAAGGGAAAGUCCCCCGCAAAUCGCCAAAAGCCAGCAAUCCGAGCGCGAGUACUGCGCAGACACGGCUCAACCGACGAAACAACGCUAAACAAGCCCAAGCGAUCAAACGACAGUCUUUAGUUUCCUCCACGCGUCUUUUCAAUGGCGUCGAUGGCGCCCCCAGGAUAGUAGCCGUUAUCCCCUUGACAGAAGACGUCGAUGCCCGCGUGGCCGUGGCCGCGCUGGCUGAAUCGGUGGAUGCCUCGAUGGAGGGGUAUGAUGGGAGAUUGUGGAGGUUGAAGGCGGAGCGCUUCAAAACUUCCCUCCAGCUGAUUAGUGUCCCAUACAGACAAAUCUACGCUGCCCUCGAUGCCUGCAAAGUAGCAGACUACGUCGUUUUCGUCCUCUCCUCUUCUGUGGAGGUCGAUCCGUGGGGGGACACACUACUGCGAACUCUCCAAGCCCAAGGCUUGCCCUCUGUCGUCACAGUUCUUGCCCCAACAGACUCCCUCGACACAAAAUCACGCCCUCCCGUACUUAAAUCCUUACUUUCCUUCAUCCAAUACUUCGUGCCGACUCAAACACGGGUAUUCGACCUCCAUGUGCCUGCAGACCGACUAAACGCCCUUCGCGCGGUCGCAGAAGGCAAACCGGGUGACGUCCGAUGGCGCGAAGGACGAGCGUGGUUAGUCGGCGAGGAGGUCGAAUGGGAAGACGGAGUUUUGAAGGUCACCGGUGUUUCGCGCGGCGCUGCCUUGUCUUCAAAACGACUGAUUCAUAUACCGAACUACGGAGACUUCCAGAUCGCGAAGAUACUGAGUGCCCCGAUAAAUAGACCAGGCAAGAUGGAGGUUGAGCCAGCAUUUUUGACGGAGGCUGGUGACGACGGGGACUCGUUGGUGUCUACAAACGAUCCAGACGACAUGGCCAACGAGCAAACGUGGCCAACAGAAGAAGAAAUGCAAGGCACACUUGCCACGAACGAACCGGCUAUUCCGGACGCCAAGCAGGGAACUACUCCAAAAGCUGUUCGGCGGGUACCGAAAGGCAUGAGCGAAUACCAAGCGGCAUGGAUUGUGGAUGAAAGUGAUGAUGAAGAAGGCGGUUCUGGGAGCGAAGCCGACGACCAGGAUAUGGGUGAUGACGUAGUGGAAGAGGAGGAGGAGAUGGAGGAGCUGCCUGUGGAUGAAGAUCACGAGAUGGAGACUGACAGCCGCCGAAGUGUGGCUUUUCAAGAUCUUGACAAUGAAGAAGAAGCCAAGCAACUCCAGUCAUGGCGCAACCGCAAACGCGAAGAAGAGGACGAUCUUAUGUUCCCUGAUGAACUGGACACGCCAGACGAUGUGCCUGCGAGAACGCGCUUUCAACGGUAUCGUGGCCUACGUUCUUUUCGAACAAGUCCAUGGGACCCUUUUGAAAAUCUCCCGCGCGACUAUGCACGCAUAUUCCAAUUUGAGGAUUAUAAACGUACCGAGCGUAACGUGCGUCGACGAGCAGAAGAGGAAGCUAGUGUUGUGGAGCCCGGGACCAGAGUCACAGUCUAUCUACGGGGAGUGCCACAGGCCGCGGCAAACACGACAGCGAAAUCCCCAUUACUGCUGUUUGCGCUCCUACAACACGAGCACAAGGUCUCUGUUCUCAACUUCACGCUCCAGCGAAAUACGGAAUAUGACGGGUCGGUUAGAUCCAAGGAUCCCCUCGUUUUAUGUAUUGGCCCGAGGCGCUUGCGUGUCAAUCCAAUAUACAGCCAACACACUCGAGGCGGCGGCAAAGGUGCCAACAACGUCCACAAGUUCGAGCGCUACUUGCGCCAUGGCCAAACGAGCGUUGCGACCAUUUAUGGGCCUGUCGUGUUUGGCAAGCAGCCCAGUGUGUGGCUCAGGGAGACCGAGGAUCCACAAGCCCCACAUCUCGUGGCGAUGGGGACAUUCUUGAACCCAGACACGACGCGGGUGAUUGCGAAGCGCAUCAUCUUAACGGGCCAUCCAUUCAAGGUUCACAAAAAAACUGCGACAGUGCGUUACAUGUUCUUCAACGCCGACGACAUCGCAUACUUCAAGCCAAUCCAGCUACACACCAAGCACGGGCGAACAGGACACAUUCGCGAAUCCCUUGGGACCCAUGGCUAUCUCAAGGCGCAUUUCGACGGGCCCAUCAACCAAAUGGACACCGUUUGCAUGUCGCUCUACAAACGUGUUUUCCCAAAAUGGCCCCAGCUGUACAAGCCCGCAAGUCAGAAUGCCGACGCUAUGGAGGAGUAG